AUGCCCCUCCAGACGCCCAUGCUCCCCUCGUCCGCUGGCAGCAGGUUCGGCUCGCGCACUGCAGUCCCUCGCCUACCGCCUCUUGUCCAGGGAGUCAUCUCUGGUCCUGCUCCCCCUCUCGCCAUCCCACCGAGUCGACCAAUGCCCGUCUCUACGUCCGCUUCUUCAUCAACGGCAUUCCCGGCCUACAUUGCCCUCUAUCCGAGCCAGGCCUCGGCCAUAGUCGGGUCACAUGACAUACUCCUGGUCGAUAUUCGUUCUCAUAGCGUCUUUCGCACGUCUCGGAUCCGAGGAGCCGUCUCUCUAGUCGUCCCGUCGACCCUACUCAAGCGUCCGGGAUAUCCGCUAGAGAAAAUGGCAGCAACGAUAGACGACGCGUCUGCCCGCGAGCGGUUCGAGGCCUGGCAAACGGCAAAACGCAUUGUGGUGUAUGACGUCGAUACCUCUCAAUUGAACGAGGGAUCCAAUGUCACUGGUUUACUUCGCAAGUUUCAGCUUGCCGGAUUCACUGGAGAACUUUGCUGGAUCAAGGGCGGCUUCAACGCCGUCCAGCAGACGACCCCCUCGCUCGUGGACACGGCGCCUCCGGAGGACUAUGUGUCCGAGUCUGAUACAUCUGCAAGUUCAGAUGUACCUCUUCGAGCGAGAAACCUCUCGAUGUACGCGUUCCAGCAGGCGUCCACUACCCUGGCUGGACAAAGGACCCCAAAGGGCAACCAGUCUGGCAUGAGUUCGGUAUCUGCCGCGAACCCCUUUUACGACAACAUUCGGCAAAACCUAGAAUUGUCACAGGGUGUUGACACCCGGAUUGCCCUUCGGCUCCCACAACGAGUAAUCGACAGACGAGGCGACCUCCCGUUUCAGUGGCUUCGACAAGUGGUCGAUCAAGCCGUCACAGACAGCGUUGGAGACGCACUUGCGAUGCAAUUCUACCGGAUAGAACUCAACGAGCAACGGCGUCUGCAAGAAGUCAUGGACCAUCACUCCAAAGAGAGCGCCACUGCGGUUGUGGACGAUCCUACGCCCAAACAGGAAUUCCCUUACAGCAUUACAGCCGGAAUCGAGAUGGGGACGAAGAAUCGGUACAGGAACAUCUGGCCGUUUGAACAUGCUCGUGUUCGUCUGCAAAAGGCGAGCAAGUCGGGUGGUUCAGACUAUGUUAAUGCGUCUUUUGUGCAAUCACUAGUCUCUAGACGUCGGUAUAUUGCUACCCAAGGCCCACUUGACAGCACAUAUGAUGAUUUCUGGUCGAUAUGCUGGGAACAAAACGUCACCGUGAUCGUCAUGCUCACCCGGGAAGUGGAGAGCUCUUUGGUCAAGUGCGGACAUUACUGGAAGGACGGCAAUUAUGGGGACAUCAGUAUCCAGCUCAUCAGCCAACAAGGCGAGGACGAACAGGUUGAUCCAAAGAAACAGCAGUCGGGUGCCUACUUCAACACUAGCACAGAUGAGCCGAUGAACGACACGAUCAUUGAAAGAAUCUUUCAAUUGCGACACAAGGAUCAUCCCGUAGUUCUCGCAAGUUGA